AUUUUCUGGCUCAAUAUCGGUAGUUUACGUGUUAGUAGUGUUUAAUAUCAAGCAGCAACCAUGGCGCUCAGCGAUGCAGAUGUCCAAAAACAGAUCAAGCAUAUGAUGGCCUUCAUCGAGCAAGAGGCAAAUGAAAAGGCCGAAGAAAUCGAUGCUAAGGCUGAGGAGGAGUUCAACAUCGAGAAGGGGCGUCUGGUGCAGCAGCAGCGCCUCAAGAUCAUGGAGUACUACGAGAAGAAGGAGAAGCAGGUGGAACUCCAGAAGAAGAUCCAAUCCUCCAACAUGCUGAACCAAGCCCGUCUGAAGGUGCUGAAGGUGCGCGAGGACCACGUGGGCCACGUGUUGGACGAGACGCGCCGCCGCCUCGCCGAGGUGCCCAACGACCAGGGGCUCUACUCCGACCUGCUGGUCAAGCUCAUCGUGCAGGCGCUGUUCCAGCUGGUUGAACCAACCGUAACCCUCCGCGUGCGCGAGGCCGACAAGCCGCUGAUCGACAGCCUGCUCGAGCGCGCGCAGGCGCAGUACAAGGAGAAGAUCAAGAAGGACGUCACCCUGAAGGUGGACACUGAGCACUACCUGCCGGUGGGCACCUGCGGCGGGAUUGAGCUGGUCGCCGCUAGGGGGCGCAUCAAGAUCAUCAACACCCUGGAGUCCCGCAUGGAGCUGAUCGCGCAGCAGCUGCUGCCCGAGAUCCGCACGGCGCUGUUCGGACGGAACCCCAACCGCAAGUUCACCGACUAAACAACUACCCUCAACCAACGCGCCCCCGGCGCUAAUAUUCAACUUUCUUAUUAUUAUUAUGUAGAACUAAAAUGUUAUUUAUAAGUGUUUUACUUUUUGCCUAAUUAAUUACUUACUUACUUAUAUGUAUAAUAUUAAAUGCGUACAACAUUAUUAACAUGUAUGAAAGAAUCCGUAUUAAGUCAGAAAAUGUAUUACAAUAGUAAGUGCGAUCAUGUGGAUUUCUGAUUUCGUGGUAGGUUUAACGUUCGCUCUUAAUGUACAUUAGUUACCGCCUUAACGUAAUGUUCGAACAGUGUCUAAGUAUUAUAUUACUACAAUUCAUUCGUGUAACACUAGUUAUAUAUUAGCUUAGCUGUAGCUUUUAGGAGACACAGUUAAAUUGAAAUGUUAUACCGAUGCUUGAUGGUAGGACAAACUUAUUGGUGUGUAAGCGUAAGCAUUUUAUUGAUAUAAUUCUGGAUUGUUGCCAUAACAAUUAUUACACAAAUAGAUGUUAUCGAUAGUCGAUGUAAUGGAGUAAGUGACAGCGCACUUUCGAUGGAAAAAGCACAAGUUACAAACUUCACGACAGGGCGACGUCAAUACUUAGAUAUAUAUAUAAAUGUGGUAAAGUUCAAUGUAUUUUCAUAUAAUCUUCCUUGUAUUUUGGACUCGUCUAUAUACUGUUUACUAUCGUGGACUUCCUGGGAAUUAUUUGAUGCUGUAAGGUUUAUGGGUGACGGCAGCAUCCCGCCUUAUUCCCACUGAAAUCGAAGUGAAAGAUUUGACUGGGCGCAGGGCGGUGUCACCCGUACAUCUUUCAGCUGAAAAAGACAUUCCUCUUUCAUGUUUCCUGUCCUGGCAAUCAAAUGUUUCGGCUUGCUUUUAACAGUUCUAUCGAAGAGCACCGUAGCUCUAUAAAUUACAUACGAAUAUAAUGUUUAAUCCCCAUUAUGGCACUGUUAAAAUUCUUAUGUAAAUAUAUAG